CAUAAAAAUACUGGCAUGACAACAGAACUGUGACCCAGUCUGUUUGUUUCUACAGCACUGCCUAAAGCCACUCUGACGGUACAGCCAAAAUGGCGCCCACUGUACAAUGGAGAGACCGUCACCCUGAGGUGUGAGGUGGACUCCUACAGCAACUGGACAUAUUCCUGGUACAAAGACCAGGCCCAGAUGGCUGUGUCUCAGACUGCUGGUCACAGUGUAACUGGUAACAGACUCACCAUCCCUGGUGCUGUUGGGUCUGACCAGGGGCAGUACUGGUGUGAGGGGAGGCUGGAGGGAAGAAAAGUGACAUCACAGCGCAGCGACUCCAUCAAUCUGACUGUUGCAGGGAGCCCAAAGGAUGUACUGACUCUGCAGCCUAACCGGCCCCUGUUCUUCACUGGAGAGACCGUCACUCUCACGUGUUUGGGACGGCCAUACAGACAUUAUGGAUUCUGGUGGUACAGAAAUGAAUCAGAUAUUAGUGUGAUGAAGCACAAUUCCCAAGAAAACAUCUACACCAUCGCACCUGUUACUGAAGCCCACAGUGGUGUAUAUAGCUGUGCUGCUGAAUCCAUGAGUGAUCCUGUCAGACUGAACGUGUCAGCACUGCCUAAAGCCACUCUGACUGUAGAGCCAAAAUGGCGCCCACUGUACAAUGGAGAGACCGUCACCCUGAGGUGUGAGGUGGACUCCUACAGCAACUGGAUAUAUUCCUGGUACAAAGACCAGGCCCAGAUGGCUGUGUCUCAGACUGCUGGUCACAGUGUAACUGGUAACAGACUCACCAUCCCUGGUGCUGUUGGGUCUGACCAGGGGCAGUACUGGUGUGAGGGGAGGCUGGAGGGGAGAAAAGUGACAUCACAGCGCAGCGACUCCAUCAAUCUGACUGUUGCAGGGAGCCCAAAGGAUGUACUGACUCUGCAGCCUAACUGGCCCCUGUUCUUCACUGGAGAGACCGUCACUCUCAGGUGUUUGGGACGGCCAUUCAGACAUCAUGGAUUCUCAUGGUACAGAACUGAAUCAAGUGGUUGGGUGACAAAGCACGUAUCCCAAGAAAACAUCUACACCAUCGCACCUGUUACUGAAGCCCACAGUGGUGUAUAUAGCUGUGCUGCUGAAUCCAUGAGUGAUCCUGUCAGACUGAACGUGUCAGCACUGCCUAAAGCCACUCUGACUGUAGAGCCAAAAUGGCGCCCACUGUACAAUGGAGAGACCAUCACCCUGAGGUGUGAGGUGGACUCCUACAGCAACUGGAUAUAUUCCUGGUACAAAGACCAGGCCCAGAUGGCUAUGUCUCAGACUGCUGGUCACAGUGUAACUGGUAACAGACUCACCAUCCCUGGUGCUGUUGGGUCUGACCAGGGGCAGUACUGGUGUGAGGGGAGGCUGGAGGGGAGAAAAGUGACAUCACAGCGCAGCGACUCCAUCAAUCUGACUGUUGCAGCCCUGCCUAAUGCCUCUCUGACUGUAGAGCCAAAAUGGUGUCCACUGUACAGUGGAGAGACCGUCAUUCUGAGGUGUGAGGUGGACUCCUACAGCAACUGGACACAUUUCUGGUACAAAGACCAGACCCAGAUGGCUGUGUCUCAGACUGCUGGUCACAGUGUAACUGGUAACAGACUCACCAUCCCUGGUGCUGCUGGGUCUGACCAGGGGCAGUACUGGUGUGAGGGGAAGCUGGAGGGGAGAAAUGUGACAUCACAACGCAGCGACUCCAUCACUGUUGCAGCCCUGCCUAAGGCCACUCUGAUCGUGAAGCCAAAAUGGCGCCCACUGUACAAUGGAGAGACCGUCACACUGAGCUGUGAGGUGGACUCCUACAGCAACUGGACACAUUUCUGGUACAGAGACCAUAACCAGACAGCCACAUCUCUCUCUAAAGAGUACAGUGUAAACAUCACUGGGGCUGCUGGGUCUGACCAGGGGCAGUACUGGUGUGAGGGGAGGCUGGAGGGGAGAAAUGUGACAUCACAGCGCAGCGACUCCAUCACUCUGACUGUUGCAGCCCUGCCUAAAGCCACUCUGACGGUAGAGCCAAAAUGGCGCCCACUGUACAAUGGAGAGACCAUCACCCUGAGGUGUGAGGUGGACUCCUACAGCAACUGGAUAUAUUCCUGGUACAAAGACCAGGCCCAGAUGGCUGUGUCUCAGACUGCUGGUCACAGUGUAACUGGUAACAGACUCACCAUCCCUGGUGCUACUGGGUCUGACCAGGGGCAGUACUGGUGUGAGGGGAGGCUGGAGGGGAGAAAAGUGACAUCACAGCGCAGCGACUCCAUCACUGUUGCAGCCCUGCCUAAUGCCACUCUGACUGUAGAGCCAAAAUGGCGCCCACUUUACAAUGGAGAGGCCGUCACCCUGAGGUGUGAGGUGGACUCCUACAGCAACUGGACACAUUUCUGGUACAGAGACCAUAACCAGACAGCCACAUCUCUCUCUAAAGAGUACAGUGUAAACAUCACUGGGGCUGCUGGAUCUGACCAGGGGCAGUACUGGUGUGAGGGGAGGCUAGAGGGGAGAAAUGUGACAUCACAGCGCAGCGACUCCAUCACUCUGACUAUUGCAGACCCAACAUUGAUUCUGCCCAUCGCACUUGGAGUUGGAUUCUGUCUGAUUGUUUUAGCCCUGAUUUUCAUUCUCUUCCAGAAACACCGCAGGAACAAAGGUUUGAGCCAGGCUGCUGGACCCAGCUGUGAGCCCCUGUAUUCUCAGGCCAAUGUGACCAAUCAGAAGAAGAAAAGGAAAGAAGCUGGAGGCCAUGAGGAUGUGGUUUGCUCAGUUCUGGGCCUGCAAGACCAGAAGUCGAAGAACACCCCCAAAGCUGAAGGUUGUGACAAUGUCGUUUACUCAAUCGUGGCCUUGGAGGACCAGAAGAAAAAGAAGCGGAAGGAGAAGAACACUCAGAAAGCUAGAGGUUGUGAGGAUGUGGUUUACUCAACUGUGAACCAGAAGAGGAUGAAGAAGAACACAGAUGAAGCUGAAGGCGGUAAUGAUGUUGUUUAUUCAACCCUGGCCUUGGAGGACCAGAAGAAGAAGAAGAAGGAGAAGAACCCUGAGAAAGCUGGAGGUUGUGAGGAUGUGGUUUACUCAACUGUGAACCAGAAGAGGAUGAAGAAGAACACAGAUGAAGCUGAAGGUGGUAAUGAUGUUGUUUAUUCAACCCUGGCCUUGGAGGACCAGAAGAAGAAGAAGAAGAAGAAGAAGAAGGAGAAGAACACUGCGAAUGGCGACGCAGACGUGCUGUAUUCCACAGUCAGGACUGGACAAAGAGAGCAACACUGGCUCCCUGAUCCUCCGCCUUUAUAGUUUCCUCCAGACCAGGUUUUACUUCAUGCUGGUUAUAAAGCGCUGCAUUCUCGUAUAGAUGCCUGACCUUGAGGAUCAGUACAGCACAGUACAGAUCAGUAUUUUCCCCUCCCCAUUUCAAAUAUUGCUGAAUGUGUUUUUACUUUAUUUUUUACUGACUAUAAAAUAUUGUAUCAAAGCUUAGGUUCAGAUUAAUGAAAUAUGCCAUAAUAGGACUGCUUUUGACUUUUAGUUUAUAGUGGAUAAGAUUAGGAUUUUGACAGUGGAAACAUGGUCUUAGAUCAGUGCUCCCACUACAUGAUACUUUAUGAAUAUGGGUCUGGAUCUUUAUUCAACACAGAAGAAUUAUCUGCUCCUUAUUUCAACAUGCAUCUGCUUUCACGGUAUUUUAUUUACCUAUAGACCUGUAAUAGAUGUACUUCAGUAUUAUCUGAAAGUGAAUCCUGAAGGGGUUAUAUGGUUUCUUUUAAUUAAAAAUGCUGAAAACAGUAAAUCAAAUUA